CAUUUCAAAACAAAUUGGAUAAAAUUGAAAGGUUUGGCUUUUUAUAAAACUUUCAUAAAAGAUUUGACACUUUUUAGUCAUUUGUCCUAUUUUAAAAAAAUCACCAAAAAUCAUGAUGAGAGUCUAGUUUUUCUUGGGUUUUUGGUGGCAGAUUAUCCAGUGAUAUCCGUAAAUGUUGAUGAAUUUUAUAUUAUUGUAUUAACUGACGUGGUGUAGAAUAUUUUAAGUUGAGAUAGAUAAAAUUUAGAGCAAAUUACUGUAAAUCCCUUUUUGUCCUCAAUUGUCAUAAUUAGCAGUUUGGUAUUUUUUAUUUGAAAAAUCAAAUAAUUUGGUACCUCACUUUCAAUUCCGUUAACAAUUAGCGGUCUCUGUUAAUUUCGUUAAUAAUUUGGUAUCUCAUUUUCAAUUAUAUUAACGAUUUAAUACCUUAUUUUCAAACGAUUUGAUACCUCAGUUUCAAUUAUAUUAACGAUUUAAUAUCUUAUUUUCAAACGAUUUGGUACCUCACUUUAAUUCCGUUAAUAAUUUAGUGCCUAAGUUCCACAGAAGGUUGUAAUCCGAGCUAAUCCGGUUGUACUGGUUGAACCAUAAACCCUCUAUAACGUUGGUUCAAUUCCCGGUCUGGUUUUACUUUGCCUCCCCAUCACAGUGCAAAAAAUAGUUCUCAAAACCUUUCCUAGCUACAGACUCAGUUGUGGUGGAGGCCGUGGGCAAUUAAAAAGCAAAGGAGAAAAAGAAAUAAAACAAAUUACAACUGCAAUAGAAAAGAACAUAGAUUGUUGGUGCAGAUAUGGCUGCAAUACUCCAUUUGACAUGCAUCUAUUAGUUGCAGAAUGGGUUCUAGUAAUUUUUUAUGGAGUUUGGCCAAGAAGUAUUUAACCGUUGGGCUUAUAGGGAUCACCAUCACAGACAGAUAUGCCAGUAUUGUUCAUGUGCGAGGCGCCUCUAUGUCCCCUGUUUUUAAUCCCGAAACUAGCACAUUCUGGGGAUCAUCUAUUGACGACCAUGUCCUUAUCGAGAAGUUUUGCCUUGAGAAGUACAAGUUUUCGCAUGGUGAUGUCGUAGUUUUUCGGUCUCCAAGUGAUCACAAGGAGAAACUUAUAAAGAGAAUUAUUGGCUUACCGGGCGACUGGAUUGGAACUCCCGAUGCAUAUGAUGUGGUAAAGAUUCCAGAAGGACAUUGCUGGGUUGAAGGUGACAACUUGGUUUCUAGCAUGGAUUCAAGGUCUUUUGGCCCGGUUCCUCUCGGGUUGAUUAAUGGAAGAGUUACUCAUAUAAUAUGGCCUCCGCAAAGAAUCGGAGAAGUCGAGAAAAAAAUCCCUCAUACAAGAGUUUCUUCUUCCUGAUUGAGAUUCAACAGUGGAUCUCCUUUUUUUUUGGGGGAGCACAAGGUUGAAUUAUGCUUGUAACAUUCUUUUAUUGGCUACAGGUGAUACAUUUUCUUAUCUCCAUGGUUUAGUUUGACUAUAAAUCAAAAUCAAUGAUAAUGCUACAUCUGAGCAUCGAUUGGUUCGUUACUAAAA